AUCCAGUUGAUGCUGUUGCCAGUUUCUCGGGAGCAUUCUUCGCUUAUCGACCCGCCCCUUAGGUGUUGCUUCGUCCGUUUGAAUUGGCACCCCACCAUCCCGACGGCCUAAGGAACUCUCUCCAAUGGCUGGGAAACUGCACAAGGGCCGGUUUGGGGGCUGGUGGACUACAGGAGCUUGCCUGGUGACGCUUUCCUACUUCCCAGGCCUCUGGGCUCAGAUGGUGCUGGUCAACGACACCGUCUCAGGGUACAUUGGGACUGACGUGGUCCUGCACUGCAGCCUGACCAACCCCUUCCCCAAUGUGAAGAUCACGCAAGUCACCUGGCAGAAGGCCACCAACGGCUCCAAACAGAAUAUCGCGAUCUUCAACCCCAGCAUGGGCGUCUCCAUCCUGCCCCCCUACAAGGAGAGAGUGACCUUCCGGGACCCCUCCAUCACGGAUGGCACCAUCCAGCUGUCGAGCCUCGAACUGGAGGACGAGGGUGUUUACAUCUGCGAAUUCGCAACAUUCCCCACCGGCAAUCGGGAGAAUCAGCUCAAUCUCACCGUCUUGGCCAAGCCAACAAACCGGAUGGAGGGCACGACGAGCCCCCUGAUCGCCCGGGCCGGCCUGACGGAGAAGAUUUUGGUGGCCACUUGCACUUCCUCCAACGGGAAGCCUCCCAGCACCGUGACCUGGGACACCAAGCUGAAGGGGGAGGCCGAGUUCCAGGAGAUCCGGAAUGCCAACGGCACCUUCACGGUGAUCAGCCGCUACCGCCUCCUGCCCAGCCGGGAGGCUCACCAGCAGCAGCUCAUGUGUGUGGUCAACUACCAGCUGGACCGCUUCACUGACAGCAUGACCCUCAACGUGCUGUACGAGCCUGAAGUGAGGAUUGAUGGCUUUGAUGGCAACUGGUACCUGAACCGGAAGGACGUGAAACUGACGUGCAUCUCUGAUGCAAACCCUCCAGCCACCCUCUACCAGUGGAAGCUGCUCCCCAUGACUACCGUAGGUAUGACUAGAAUGAAUGGAUCGCUUCCGGACAACGUGGAGGUUCAAAACAGCACCUUGUUCUUCAAGGGGCCAGUCACCUACAGCCUAGCGGGGACGUAUGUCUGUGAGGCCACCAACACCAUCGGCACACGAUCGGGCCUGGUGGAAGUCAAUGUCACAGAUAAGCCCUUGCCCCAGGGGGGCCCUGGAAGCAUUUUUGGAAUUCUGGGUGGUGUGAUUGCAGCUGCUCUCAUUAUUGGUGUGGCUGUCACCGUCUUUGUUGUGUACAGACGACAGCAAAAGAGCCGUUCCGAUGCGGACAAUGACCUGAUUGACCUCCCACCUUCCCACAAACCUGCUCCCCCACCUCCCAAGUGGAAGCAAGAGAUGAAGAGUCACCUGACAGCAGACGAUAUCCAGGUUGUGCACCUAGACAACAUGAAGGAGCAAGAGGAGGAGAUCCAGAAGUUGCCCCCACUGCCCCCCUACUAUGACAUGGCUGCCACGGAGACCACCCCUCAUUCGGAGAAGCCGAACAUUAGAAAGUGUCACUCAGAGAUACCGGAUGCGGGUGAUUACCUAACCUGCCAUUAUUCACAUGAAGAACAGAAUCUGGAAAAAAUACCUUAUGUCUACACUCCCUUGUCUUACCUCCCAGAAGACGCCUACUCGUCCAGCCGCACCAGUGCUUCCUUUUGCUGCCCACCCCCUGGAUCCAGAGCGCCUUACAUCUGUCCCAAGGAACAGUAUGUCUAA